UCAGGUGGACACCCUCCUAUAGCAACAACAGAAGAUUUCAGCGAUGGCAUCGAUAUACAAAGAUGAAUCACAUGCUUUCCUGAACUUGAGGAUUGUGUUACUGGGAGCGUCCGGUGUCGGUAAGAGUGCAACAGGUAAUGCAAUACUGGGCAGAGAAGCAUUUAAAGAAACAACAACCACAGUGAGUGAAGUACAGAGAGGAAGAGUAGAAGAUAGAAACAUCUCAGUUAUUGACACUCCAGGAUUCUUUAACCCUCAACUGAGUGAUGAAGAUCUACAGAAUGAAAUGAUGAAGAGUCUUUGCCACGCUCAUCCUGGUCCUCAUGUCUUUCUGCUGAUAGUCAAACUGGACACGAACACAAAAGACGACGCAAGAAAGAUCGUAGAGAAGAUUCAGGAAAGUUUUGGAAAAGAAGUGUUGAAGUUCACCCUAGUGCUGUUUACCGGACGAGAAAAAAUAUCCAGAAAAGAAUGCGACCAGUUUAUUGAAAGUGAGAGAACCAAAGAGUUCUUGAGUUAUUUUAAGGGCAGAUUUCAUACAAUAAACAGCAAAAUGGAGUGUACUUCCAAACAGAUCAUGAAGCUUCUGAGGGAAAUUGAUAAUCUGGUGAAGAAUAAUGAAGGACAGCACUACACAAAGUAGACUAGUGAUAAUACUAAACGAAUACAGCUAAAGCAGCUAAAACCAAGAAAAACAAAACUUAUUAUUUUUGUAGGAGCAGCAGUCAUAGUAGGCGCAGCACUUUUAUUUUU